GGAAGACUGGUGUCUCUGAAGCCACAGCAGGUUUUGCCAAGCCAGUUUCGACGGCGUUUCUUCCGUGUCUCGGGGAACUUCUUUUGCGAGAAAAAGAUGCGCUUCUGGGUAGUAACCUGGAUGCUUCUGGUAUCAUCGCUGGCUGGUGCCAUGGAAAUCCAAGUCCCCGAUGACCCAGUGAUCGCCCUUUUUGGCCGUGACGCCACCUUGCGCUGUUCUUUCUCCCCCGAUGCCAACUUCAGUCUGGCUGACCUCAGCCUCAUCUGGCAGCUGACAGACACCAAGCGGCUGGUGCACAAAUUUGCAGAGGGGCGGGACCAGUUGGCCAACCAAGGGAGGAGCUACGCCAACCGCACCACUCUCUUCUACGACCAGCUGCCCCGGGGCAACGUCUCCCUCCUCCUGCACCGUGUGCAGAUUGCUGACGAGGGGAGUUUCACCUGCUUUGUCAGAGUCCGUGACUACAGCAGUGCUGCGGUGGCGCUUCAGGUUGCAGCUCUCUACUCUAAGCCCAACUUGAGCCUGGAACCCAACAGAAACUUGAAGCCGGGAGACCUGGUCACUGUGACGUGCCACGCCUUCUCUGGGUAUCCGGAGGCGACGGUGCUCUGGCAGGACGGCCGGGGCAACAACCUCACGGAGAACGUCACCACCUCGCAGGUGGCCAACGAUGAGGGCCUCUUCGACGUGCAGAGCAUCCUCCGGGUGGUGCUGGAGCCGCACAGCACUUACAGCUGCCUGGUGAAGAACCCCCUCUUGGAACAGGAGACCCACACUUCCGUCACCAUCACAGGCCAACAUCUUGUGUUUCCAGCUGUGGCUCUCUGGGUAAGCGUGGGGUUGGCUGUAUGCCUCCUCUUCCUGCUGGGCGCCCUGGCCUACGUGUGUCAGAAGAAAAUCCGCCAGAGCUGCAAAGAAGAGAAAGAGAGGGCUGAGGAACAAGAGGACGGAGAAGGACCCAAGACAGCUCUGCAGCCUCUGAAGAACAUGGAAAUCAAAGAAGACAUUGGAGAAGAAAUCGACUGAUGCAAAUGGAAGGAGAGUCGCUAACUACACUCCCGAGCUCCCAGACUGUGUCCCUUCGGAUCCUUCUCCGGUGAUGGAAUGUGGGGGAAACGGUGGACAAAAUGAGAAGUGCGGCCUCGUCUGGAGCUUGCAGCUUGGUACCGUUUGGCUGCAGGGUCCUCUCCUCUCUCUUAUGCGCAGAUAAACCCUGGAUCCACCCGGCUACCUCGAUGUCGGGGUGUUGUCCUGCUUCUAGAAACCAAGUGGAACACUCCGUGUUCUGUUUCGCCACACGUGGAUUCCCAGCGCCCCUUUUUCCUGGUUUUUAUCUUUUGUACUGUGCUGUCGGUUCACUAUCACUGAUGGGCCUCAUCGGUGGAUACAAAGCGGAACCGUGUUCUGCUCAGAUGGGAGCAAUUUGGAUCUCCGUGUACUACAGAAGACGGCAGUGAUCGUGGAGAGUAUCUUAGCGCAGCAAGAAGCAAGAUGGCGGUACUUAGAGCCGUUUGAGCAUCGGAAGGCUCGAAUCUGCUCCCUGAAUAUUGUCUGUGAUCUUGUGUAGACUGUUUUUGCCUUUGUCUCUAUAGGGGAGGGUUCCCUUGCCAGCAUGAAACUUAGCUGCGAGAGCUGCCAGAAAUUUGUCCUACACAAUGACGAUUGUAUGCAAAUACUUUUACUUCCUUUCAGGGGAAAAUGGCAACCCGAUACAGGGUUGGUCGAUGCUCUCACAUACAAUGGAAGCACAUUUUUGGCUUUGAGAAGUCACAGGUACAAUUGCUUAUCUCUCUCUUUCUCCCCUUUCUGCAAUUGGGGAUAAAUCAUGCAAUUGUACUUUCAAGGGCAGAAUUUUGUCUCCAUUCU